GGUUAGUUCGCGCGCUAGUGAUUAUUUUCCCCGCGUUGCUUUGCAAGCAAUUUUUCUUGGACGCACGUUCUUCGCCAAAAUGACUAAAAGAUCUUAUCCUUUCGCAGAAUCUUUCUCAUCGCAGUAUAAAAUUCACAUUGGACAAAAGGAGUUGAAUAAUCACGGCGUAUUUGGGAACAAGUACAGACAAGAAAUGUACGAAAAGACAAAGAACCUGCUCUUCAAUAGUACCAAAGCUGUCAUGGGGAAAAUCUGGAAUGUAGAUACAGAGGAGAAGUGCUCAACGAUACAGCCUUCGGGGCCAGGUGUGACACCUAAUGUGAGCCAGACACUGAUUGGACAGGAUGGCAGACUUACACCUGUCCAAGGUGCUGCGUUGGUUCCAAAGGGGUGCUGUGUGUGUCAGAAGGCCCAGGGGACCAGGAGGCAGUGCUCCCAGUGUGACCGCCCAGCCUGCCCCUCCUGCACCCAGCAGUGCUCCAACUGCUCCAGCCCCUGUUGCUCUGUCUGCACCGUCAUGGAUUACAGUGGCCAGUAUGAGCAAGUACUGUGCUGCGGCUGCUCAUCGUAAUCAACAACUGGACAUGGAGAAAUUCAGGCAUUAUGCUUGAAUACAUUUUAGUUGUCAUUUUACAUGAAAUAUUCUUGAAACUGUUUAUGCUUUUUUUUUUUACCUUAACUAUGGUCCAACUGUGUAUUUUUGUAUAUAUGUAUUUUGCUAUGUUUGUGGAAUAAAUACUUGAAAGCUUUA